UCUUCCUAGUUUCUCCUGCGUUGAACAAGAAAACAAAUUACCGUACAUGGAAGGAGAUAACAAAGUUUAGAGAGAGAGAGAGAGAGAGAGAGAGAGAGAGAGAGAGAGAGAGUUGGGAGCGCGACAGAGAAAGUUCGAGGAGGAGGAGGAAUUUCUGGAUAGGUCUGGACAGUUUUAGAGAGAGAAAGCUCUGGAAAUGGCAACGCCGCUGCCGGAACUGCAAGGUGGAGAGGGGACGGGGGGAGGUGGAGCUGUGGCGGUUUUAACGAAUUCGGUGAAUUCUUCCUGUGCGAAGUCGUUUGGAGGCUUCUUCGAGAAGUCCGAGGAGAAGUCUCCUAUUUUGAUUUUCUUGUUCUUCCACAAAGCCGUCCGCAAUGAGCUCGAGGCGCUACACCGGUUAGCCAUGGCUUUCGCCACAGGCCAGGGGGCGGAUUUACGGUCUAUGCUCGAACGGUGCCGUUUCUUGAGAUCGAUAUAUAAGCAGCACUCAAAUGCUGAAGACGAGGUUAUCUUUCCGGCUCUUGACAUACGUGUUAAGAAUGUUGCACGGACAUACUCUCUUGAACAUGAGGGCGAAGGCAAUCUUUUUGAUAAUCUUUUUGAGUUGCUAAAUUCUUUUGUGCAAAGUGAUGAAAAUUUUCCGAGAGAGUUAGUAUCUUGUACGGGGGCCCUUCAGACAUCAGUUAGCCAGCAUAUGGCGAAAGAAGAGGAACAGGUAUUUCCCUUGCUUGUUGAGAAGUUUUCAUUUGAAGAGCAGGCAUAUCUUGUCUGGCGAUUUUUGUGCAGCAUUCCUGUGAAUAUGAUGGAAGAGUUUCUUCCAUGGCUUUCAUCCUCUAUCUCACCUGAUGAGUAUGAGGAGAUGCGGAUGUGCCUAAGCAAGGUAGUUCCAGAUGAGAAGCUUCUUCUGCAGGUUAUCUUUACCUGGAUGGAAAGGCAAAAAGGUGCUUAUAUGGUUGCAAAGUAUGUAAAUGAUCCUCAUGUCCAGCAUUGUCUAUAUUCCACUGCUAGUACAUCAACCCAACAAACAAACACGCUACAGUGUGCUUGUGAGCCAACCAAGACUAGGAAAAGGAAACAUUUAGAGCCAGCUUCUGGUGUUUAUGAUACUGCUGGGGCACAUCCUAUUGAUGAAAUAUUGCUUUGGCACAAUGCUAUUAGAAAAGAACUGAAUGAGAUAGCUGAGGAAGCCAGAAAAAUUCAGGUUUCUGGAGAAUUUUCUAAUUUAUCAGUCUUUGAUGAACGCUUGCAAUUUCUUGCUGAAGUAUGCAUCUUUCACAGUGUUGCAGAGGAUAGGGUUAUUUUCCCUGCUGUAGAUGGAGACUUCUCCUUUUCCCAGGAGCAUGCCGAAGAAGAAAGUCAAUUUAAUGAGUUUAGAUGUUUGAUUGAAAGUAUACAGAGAGCAGGAGCGGUUUCCACCUCAGCUGCUGAAUUUUAUUCAAAGUUAUGCUCACAUGCUGAUCAAAUAAUGGAAACUAUACAAAGGCACUUCCACAAUGAGGAAACACAGGUUCUUCCACUUGCUCGAAAGCACUUUAGCCUCAGAAGACAGCGGGAACUUCUUUAUCAAAGCUUGUGUAAAUCUCUACGUCUCAUCUUCAGCUUCUCUGCUCCAUCACUUGACUCCAAUCUUUUUAUCUGGGAAACAGAUAAUAGCUUUUCUAACGUAGGGUAUGCAGGACGACCAAUUGAUACGAUUUUUAAGUUCCAUAAGGCCAUAAGUAAAGAUUUGGAGUAUCUUGAUGUUGAAUCUGGAAAGCUCAACUAUUGUGAUGAGAUGUUCCUUAGGCAAUUUAUUGGAAGAUUUCGUCUUCUCUGGGGCUUCUACAAGGCACACAGCAAUGCUGAGGAUGAUAUUGUUUUUCCUGCAUUGGAAUCAAAAGAGGCACUUCAUAAUGUCAGUCAUUCGUACAUGCUGGACCAUAAGCAGGAAGAAAAAUUAUUUGAGGAUAUUUCUUAUGUUCUUUCGGAGCUCUCUGUUCUUCAUGAAGGCUUGAAAAAGACCUGUGUGACAGAGGAUUUAAUGGAAAGUAGCACUGAAUUUUUUAGUGUACUCCAUGGUGAUUGUAAGAGGAAGUAUAAUGAGCUAGCAACAAAGGUUCAAGGGAUGUGCAAAUCUAUGAAGGUCACUUUAGAUGAUCAUAUUUUCAGAGAAGAACAUGUAUUGUGGCCAUUGUUUGACAAACAUUUUUCGGUUGGGGAGCAAGAAAAGAUAGUGGGUCGUAUAAUUGGGACUACUGGUGCUGAGGUGCUCCAGUCUAUGUUACCAUGGGUAACUUCUGCCCUUACGCAGGACGAGCAAAACAAAAUGAUGGAUGCAUGGAAGCAUGCAACCAAAAAUACAAUGUUCAAUGAGUGGCUCAACGAAUGCUGGAAAGGGCCAGAAUCAUCUUUGGAGACAGAAACAUCGGAACCUGGUAUUUCCAGGCAAGGUAAUGAUUUUCAAGAAAGCUUAGACCAGAAUGAUCAGAAGUUUAAGCCUGGGUGGAAGGAUAUAUUUCGUAUGAAUGAAAAUGAGCUUGAAUCUGAGAUUCGAAAGGUUUAUCGGGACUCAACUCUUGAUCCAAGGAGGAAAGCGUAUCUUGUGCAAAAUCUGAUGACCAGUCGAUGGAUAGCUGCUCAGCAGAAGUUACCUCAAGCUGUAGUUUGUGAUACUUCAAAUGAUGAUGCUAAGGGUUGUUUUCCAUCCUUUCGGGAUGCUGAAAAAAAGUAUUUGGUUGUGAGCAUUACCAAAAGAAACUGCAAACUCCGUGCUGCUUGCUGUUUGAAUCUUUAUCCCCUUAGUAAAGAGCUGGGGGACAUAAUCGACUCAAACAUGACAUUCUUUUCUUAUUACAUUAGAGCUAUUUAUCAUUGUCCAUAUUGCAAUUUAUGCCGUGUCGGAAAGGGCCUGGGCAUCGAUUAUUUUCACUGCAUGACAUGCAACUGUUGCCUGGGGAUGAAGUUAGCGAACCACAAAUGCCUUGAGAAAAGUUUAGAAACAAACUGCCCCAUAUGUUGCGAUUUCUUGUUCACAUCAAGUGCUGCAGUCAGAGCCCUACCUUGUGGUCAUUAUAUGCACUCAGCUUGUUUUCAGGCAUACACUUGCAGUCACUACACCUGUCCAAUUUGUUGCAAGUCAUUAGGAGAUAUGGCAGUUUACUUCGGUAUGCUUGAUGCUUUGUUGGCUACUGAGGAGCUUCCAGAGGAAUAUAGGGAUCGAUGUCAGGAAAUACUCUGCAAUGACUGUGAACAGAAAGGCACUGCGCGUUUCCACUGGUUAUAUCACAAAUGCGGAUCCUGUGGGUCUUAUAACACCCGGGUAAUCAAGAGUGACACAACAGCUCCCUACUGCCCUACAUCAAACCGAUGAAUGUUUCCUUUCACCCACAAAAUGUACACUGCUUAUCAUUUGUAAAUAAUUGUAUAGCCAAAAGGGUCUUUUUUCUUUUUUGGUUUUAACUUACGAUUGCAAUAGAUUCACAAUCAAUACGACUUGUAUAGAAGCCUGGUAAAGGAUCAGAUUGUCCUUGCUUAGAUUCAUUUGAAGAGUAUAGAGAAUUACGUAGGAGCCUCUAAUAUCAGAGUACAAAUCCUUGCACUCCUAGACAGUGGAAGAGACCAAGUUUGCUUGGGACUUUUUGGUAUAGGCGUUUCUUUCCGGUGUGUUGUAUGUAGAAAAUUCGGGAAAUUCAUUUUGUAUUUAUAUGUUUUGAUACUGUUUACUUAGUGGAAAGGUGAAUAAUAGAAUGGUAUAGCUCAAGUUAUUA